AAAAAUAGAAAGAAGAGGGGGAAAAAAAACUCCAGGGCUUGUUAUGGAGUUCGUGUGAAGGAAACACGGAUUUCCACCCUUCUUUACCAGUUAAACCAGUAUCUCUGGAUAGAACACACUCAAGUACUUCAACAGUUUUUACCCUUGUGGUCCCUGAUGGCUUCGCACAGUGAUACUCUGGUGGUGUUCUUUGGGGCAACAGCUGGUGCAAAUGGGGGUAAACUGGGUUCGGAUGAGAGGGAAAUAAUUCUCUUGGUGUGGCAAAUUGUGGAUCUACAUGAGAAAAAGGUUGGCAAGCUUCAGAGAUGUCUUGUCAAGCCAGACACUUUGGAGCUGACAGACCAGUGUAAAGAAGAGACAGGACUGACUCUUGAAGACCUCGUCAAAGCUGAGCCCCUGGAUAAAGUUCUGCAACAGUUUCAGCAGUCGGUGUCAUCAGAACUGAAAUGCCUCGGCAGAAGCUCUUACACACUUUGUGUCAACAGUCCCCUUGUCAUCAGACAGGCCCUCCACCCCGAAGCUUCCAAAAAGAAUCUUGUCCUUCCUGAAUGUUUCUUUUCAUUUGUGGAUGCGAGGAAGGAGUUUCACAAAUGUUGCCCCAACGCCGGCCCUGUGCAGAAGCUCGAACUUGCCUCCAUGUUGGAAUAUGUUGGUCUGCCUGCUGUGUCAGAGCAGAUGAUGGGGGUGAGGGAGGUGAGCAGCAUGGUGCAGCUGACACUUCACAUCCUGGCUGAGCCCUACAAUCAUGAGUUCUCCUGUGUUGAAACAGUGAAGUACAAGUUCGAUUCUGGCACAUGCAGCAAAACUGAGCCAGUGGACAGUGAGACAGUGAUCAGAGCGCGAGGACUUCCAUGGCAGUCAUCAGACCAGGACAUUGCUCGCUUCUUUAAAGGCCUCAGUAUUGCCAAGGGUGGUGUGGCCUUAUGUCUUAACGCUCAGGGCAGGAGAAAUGGCGAGGCCUUAGUUCGUUUCAUCAACUCAGAACACAGGGACCUGGCUCUGGAACGCCAUAAGCACCACAUGGGCAGCCGUUACAUCGAGGUCUACAAGGCCACAGGAGAGGAAUUCCUAAAGAUUGCCGGAGGUACAUCUAACGAGGUGGCCCAGUUCCUGUCCAAAGAGAACCAGGUCAUUAUCCGCAUGCGGGGGUUGCCGUUCACUGCCACACCCCAGGAAGUGGUGUCCUUCCUUGGUACCGAGAGCCCAGUUACAGAUGGUACCGAGGGCCUGCUCUUCGUCAAAUACCCUGACGGACGGCCCACAGGCGAUGCCUUUGUGCUUUUCUCCUGUGAAGAGUACGCCCAGAAUGCCCUAAAGAAGCACAAGCAGAUCUUGGGGAAGCGAUAUAUCGAGCUGUUUCGGAGUACUGCGGCUGAGGUGCAACAGGUCCUGAAUCGCUAUAUGUCCACGCCUUUGAUCUCCACACUUCCCCCUUCACCCAUCGUGCCUGUCCCGGUCCUCGCCUCGCCUUCCUUCCUUCCAGCAGCCAGUAGCACUCGUGACUGUGUCCGCCUCCGUGGCCUGCCCUAUACUGCCGGCAUUGAGGAUAUCCUGGAGUUCAUGGGAGAGCACACUGUUGACAUCAAACCCCACGGAGUCCACAUGGUCCUCAACCAACAGGGUCGGCCCUCUGGUGAUGCUUUCAUCCAAAUGAAGUCAUCUGACAAGGCGUUUAUGGUGGCCCAGAAGUGUCAUAAAAAGACCAUGAAGGACCGCUACGUGGAGGUGUUCCAGUGCUCCACAGAGGAGAUGAGCAUUGUGCUGAUGGGAGGAACCCUGAACCGCAGCGGCCUCUCCCCUCCACCCUGCAAGCUUCCCUGUCUGUCUCCGCCUACAGCAUACGCUGCUUUCCCCACCCCACCUGCCAUCCUCUCUGAGGCUGCUCUCUACCAGCCCCCCCUGCUGGCUGCUCCUAGACCUCCUCAGACCACCACACACAGCCCUGCUCACACUCUGGCCUACUACCCCCCUCACCCACACCUGUACAUGAAUAUGAAUAUGAACUACACAGCUUACUACCCUAGCCCACCAGUUUCUCCUUCCACAGUGAGCUACUUUGCUGCUCCACCAGGAGCAAUGGCAGCAGCAGUCGCAUCCCAGCCCCACCAUGCUGCAGCUGCUGCCUCUCCUGUGCUGCCUCAACCUGGCGCCCUGGUUAGGAUGCAGGGCCUGCCCUACAACACCGGGGUCAAGGACAUUCUCAGCUUCUUCCAGGGAUAUCAGCUCCAGCCAGACGCCGUUCUCAUCUUGUACAACUUCAGCGGUCAGUGCAGCGGUGAGGCCUUGAUCACCUUCCCUAGUGAAGAGACUGCCAGGCGGGCCGUAGCCGAGCGCUCCAACCACCCCUUCUAUGGCCAGCAGGUCCACUUGGUCUUCUGUAACUGACCACUAGCCCUUCAUCUCCCUCAAUUUAACCUCCAAUCGAAGAGCCCUCAACUCCCAAAUACAUAUCUUUAGCAAGAAGUUCCAGUUGAUCCCAGUGCCAUUUAAAACCGCUACUGAACCUCUUACUUUUCCAUGAUUUGCCAUUUAUUAAUACACAGCUGACACUCCUGAAGCCACUGCUGGGCAUCUACUGGUGACGCAGCUGAAGUCAUUGAAGCUUCACGCACAGCAUUUCUGUGUAUGUGCGCCUACUGUAAUAGCCAGUUGUGGAGACAUGAUGGUGUGGAGCAUGAACACACCCAUAACAGUGGUUCUGCAAAGCCAAAAGUGCAUGUAUAUUUAAAUGCUCUAUAUAUGUGUCCCUUUAUAAAAUACUGUACAGAUGUUCAUCCUGAAAUGCUUGAGGCUGUACAAACCACUUCUGCAUACGAUCUUUUCUGUAUAUUUCUAAAUUUUCACUCUUUACCACUACAAGAUUUAGAUUUUUCAGAGUUUAUGAUCCUUUGUGUUCUGCAGCUCGACGCAAACACAGAUGUGUGUAUGUGCAUGCGCAAUGUUUGAUUUGAUGGCCUCCAGUAGUGUAGUGGUGCCAUAAGGGAGAGAAAGAAAAGCCAUAGAGACUGAUGUGGACUACUGAAACAACAGAGAGAAUAUCAAACUGUACUUGAUUCAGCUGUAGUGGCAGUAAGUGAAAUCUACAGCGACACUACAGAUGUGCCAGCGUACAAACUAAUUUGUAAAUUUAUUUUCUGUAAAAAGCAUUUAUGUGUGACACAGUGUCAUCUCAUUUAGACCUUUUCCAAGCACUACAGAUUGUUUUGCUCUAAUCAAACAGUUAACUAUAAAAGAGUAGAAUGAUGAAUUGAUUCUAGUUUUAUGAAUCCCACUUCCUUACAAGGGUGGGUGUUUUGUUAUUAAAUGUAAAAGGGCAGAGGCAUAUCCUGAAGCCUUUUAUGAUUGACCUCAGCUACUAGAUCUCUUCUGUUUUGUUUCCAGACUAUUUAUAACGAUCAGUCUGAAACAUGCUUUAAUGACCGGAGUACUGUGUAAAAGCUUUAUUUUUCCUGUGACAGGUCCGCUGACCGCUGUCUUAGUUUUUUUCCUCUUGACUGUGCCUACAUUACCCAGAGUGCAAUACUGGCCCAAACAAGGCGAGGUCAACCUCUGGUGGCAGAGGAGAUGUUUGUUUCUUUUGUUGCAAGUUUGAGACUUGUAUGAAUUUAGAUCUGUGUAUAAGACUGUAAACAAUAAUAAUAAUAAAAAAAUAUUGACAAUGA